UGCAAAUUCAGGAGCUCUCUUCUCUUCUCUCUCUCUCUCCUUUGAUCUUCUUUCUCCCUCUUUGGUCAUUUGGAAUUCUUUGGAGAAAAACAUUAAAAACCAUUUAUUUUAAUCUUUAAAAAAAAUAUCAUGGCAUUAGAGACAGUGGUUUGCCCUCAAGAACAAUAUAAUGGCUAUGUUUGUAAAGAAUUUUAUGGCUAUGGAGAGCAAGAAAGUUCCUUUCUUGGCAACAAUUGGGAGUACCCUUCAUCUUGUAAUUAUUCAACGAUGCAAAAUCAAGUGAUAGGAGAUUGCAAUAUUGUUGGGGAGAGUAAUAAUAAUCAGCUUAUUUUGGAGGGUUCUUCAGCAAAUUCAAAUUCUUCAAGGUGUAGCACGAGGAAAAGGAAACGAACAUGUAAUAAUAAAAAUCAGAGAAUGAUACAUAUUGCUGUGGAGCGAAAUCGGCGAAAACAAAUGAAUGAAUAUCUUAAUCUUCUUCGAUCUUUGAUGCCAUCUUCCUACGUUCAAAAGGCGGACCAAGCAUCAAUAAUUGGAGGAGCCAUAAACUUUGUAAAAGAGCUAGAACAUAAUCUCCAAACUCUACAAGCUCAAAAGACAUUAAUUUCUCAUCUCAAAAAACGUGAUAUAUCAUCAUUUUUCUCUUUCCUACAACACUCAAAUUAUUCAUGUGAGUCAUCUGCUGCCGAGAUUUCUCGACCGCGAACGAUGACUCACGACAUACAAGUGAACUUGGUAGAGAGUCAUGUCAAAAAACGUGAUAUAUCAUCAUUUUUCUCUUUCCUACGACACUCAAAUUAUUCAUGUGAGUCAUCUGCUGCCGAGAUUUCUCGACCGCGAACGAUGACUCACGACAUACAAGUGAACUUGGUAGAGAGUCAUGUCAACCUCAAAAUACUUUCAAAGAGAAGAUCAAAACAGCUCAUGAAUAUAGUAGUUGGCCUUCAGUGCUUGUGGCUAACUAUUCUUCACCUUAAUGUCACUGUUGUUCAUGACCAAAUGGUUCUUUACUCCAUCAGUGCUAAGCUAGAAGGGUGCCAACUGACAACAGUAGAAGAAAUUUCUCAGGCUGUUAACCAAUUGUUGGGUAGAAUUCAAGAAGAGGAGGCUACUUUAAACUAAUAAUAUUUUUUUCUCAAAAUGUAAUCUCUCUUGUUUAUUUAAUUUCUAUAUGUAUCAUCUUUUCUUCUUUUAAUCAAUUUU